AUGUCUGACGACGAUUUCUUCGACUUCGAUGUGGAGGAUCUAGCGCAAGGUUCUGGAGGUAUAAUUUAUGAAAUUUCACAACAACAAAAAAACAAGUGUUUCCUAUAGAAAAUGAACAGCAAGUUGGAGAGGAGCCAGAUGAGGACGAAAACCGAGAAUAUCAUCAAAUGAGCUCGCAAACUUUCAAAAAACUGGGAAAAUCGAAGAAUGUACUCGGUCGAAAUCACACAGCUAAUCUGGAAUUCUUGGAGCCAAGGAGCAAAUUCGAGGGAAUUUUGAAGGAUUUUGGUGUUCGUAUUGGCUAUGAUGAUCAUGAAAUGCAACAUUUUGUGAUUUUCGGUAACAAUUUCAUUGAAAAAUUACCAAAAAACAUGUGUUUUUUAUAGAAAACUCGCUAAAUCACCACGAUUUCACCAAAAAUCUGGAUUCAAAAAUGUCGGCUGGCCGUGGCUCGAAUUUGAUUUUCGAAGAAUUCUCACAAGCUUGCGCCAAAGAUUUCGAACUCUAUAUUUCACCCACAAAAUCGAAAUUCGGAAUUCAAGACACAAUUUUGAGCGCGUUUUUGGCCAGCAAAACCAGUCAGAAACUUGGAGUCGAGCUGCUUUUACAGAAUUUGAAUCAACUUGCGAGAAAGUGAGGAUUAAGCUUAGCUAAAUUCUAAGAUGAGGGAUGACGUGGCAAAAUUUUUUGCCACGUCAUUGCUCAUCUUAGAGUUUAGCUAACCAUUUUCAGACAACAUUCAGCAUGUUUUUCAGGAGCGAUGAAAAAUCGCUGAACCUCUCCCAAAUCUGUGUCGGUCAUCUUCGCUCCAUCGAACGUGUCUUCGAGCCGGCACCAAUUUCCACCCUCAUUUUCGCCCACAAUUUCCAGCACUGGAACGCGUUGCCGCGCGACUCGCUGAUCUCGGCGCUUCCCGAAAUUUUGGGUGCGGAUUCCGGACAGCAACAAGAAGCGGCGCGGAAACUGAACGACAUGAUUUUGGACGCGGAAAGUAUCCUCGGAGAGUUGCGCGAUUUUCAGAUGACCAUUUUGGAGACGCUGAAAUUGUUGAGAAUGGAUGGAGAUAAUGCGAGAAUUGUCAGUUUUUUACGGGGCAAAUGCAAGCCUGGCACAGUUUUCCUAUGUAAAUUUGUAAAGAAAAUCAAGCUCCGCCCAUUUUCUGCAAGCCUGGCAUAUUUUUCCUCCCCCAAAAACCCCAUAUUUUCCAGAUUCGCCGCAACAUUUGUCACAAUUCGAUGCGUUUUGAUGUUGGCUGCCUUCCGGCUCUCGUCUCAUUUUCCCUUGGCUCACUUUUACCCCAAAAUGCUCAAAAAUCUGAAGAAAAUGAAGUUUUGUUCCACGAACUCAUUCAGGAUUUCAUGAAGUUUCUGAAAAUCGAGAAAAUCGCAGCUGACAAUGAGAGUGAUGCAAUUGUUCUGGAAUUUUUCUCGCAUUUUUUGCGAUAUUUACAAUUGGAUAAGAAGGGAUGGAAAUAUUUGACGACGUGGAUCAAUAGACCCGCUUCUCAGAGAGGGUAGGUAGUUUGCGGCACGGUUUUUAGAGAAUUUUGGUUCAAAAUGUUCCAAAAACUAUGCUGCAAAUUGCAAAAGGGGCGUGGCUUAAAUAUAGUUAUAUUUGGGCUCAAAAUGCUCCAAAAACCAUGCCGCAAAUUGCUAAAAUCGUUUUUUUCCAGCCAAAUUGCCAAAGAAGAGGAUGAAGAUCAGGAAAACCCCGAUGAAAAUGCAGAAAACUCAAUCAUCGAAGAGCAUCAGAUUCAGAAUCCCUUUGAAGUUUUGCUCAUCUUCUCGAUUUUGUCUUCUGAAUGUUGUCCGCCGGCGCUAAUUUCGGCGGUGAAUUCGAAAAUCACGGAUUUGGCCGCAGGUUCGCCGACUGGAAUUGCGAAGUUUUUGAAAAUUGUUGAUCUUUGUAUAGGAUUCAGAAAGGUUGGGUUAUUUUUUCUGCAAGCCUUGCAUGAUUUUUCUAUAUGGGAAAACCGUGCCGCAGUUUUGCAAAUGUGGGCGUGGCUUAGAAAUUUUCUAAAUUCAUGGAAUUCCACGUGGCAAUAAUUUUGAAUUUUGUGCGGAAAUCAUUUCCACGUGGAUUUCAGGUUUUGGAUUUCAAAUUUGACUUCGAAAUUUUCCAAAAACCAUGCCGCAAUUUGCAAAAAGGGGCGUGGCUUAAGUAUAGACUUAUUUGAUAUCAAAAUGAUUGCAAUUCUCUAAACUCUCUAAUUUUUCAGUUCUCUAUCGCCCACAUCUCCUCCCUAAUCCACGUUUCCCGUCAUUGUUUAUGGUCGCAAGAAGCGAAUGUCAGAAAUCUUGGAGUCUCGAUCUAUAAAACCCUUUUGGUUGGAAUGGAAAAUCAAAAGAGGAAACUUGUAUUUUCGGAAUUGAUGAAACAUUUUACACAGAGUGACACGGAAUGCGAUGCGGUUUUGGAUGUGUUUUUCAAAGUUAUCCGAACGAAUUCGGAUGUUUUGAUGGAAUUUGGACAGGAGAUUCAGGUGAAUUUUGAGUUUUGGGAGGUUCUAGCUAGGAACCGAGCCUAG